AAUAUAUAUGCUUGUGAAUGGGAGGAUAGCUCAUUUGAUAAGAUGGAAACUUCAUGGAACUCUGAUAUUCUUAAAGUAGAAUAUAGUGUGUUUGGAUGGAUUGCUUUUGUGGCUUGGUCUACUAGUUUCUAUCCUCAACUUUUCAUGAACUUCUCAAGAAAAAGUGUGGUUGGUUUGAACUUCAAUUAUCUGCUACUCAACAACACCAAACAAUCCUUAUAUCUCAUCUACAACGCCUCUUUGUACUUCAGUUCUACUCUUCAGUUUCAAUACCACAAAAAAUAUGGCUUCGAUCAGAUGAUACCAGUAGCUGCAAAUGACGUUGCUUUCUCUAUUCACGCUGUUCUAAUAACUACAAUAUUGUUGUUUCAAGUUAUUAUAUACGAGCGUGGAAAUCAAUCAAUAUCAAAAAUCACUAUGGGAAUUAUUACAAUGGUGUGGGUAACUGCUGGAGUUUGUUUCUUCAUAGCAUUCCCUUCCAAUUCAUGGCUUUGGCUAGUUACUAUCUUUAACACAAUGCAAGUACUCCUAGCAUCAAUCAAAUAUAUUCCCCAGGCAGUUAUGAACUUCAUGCUAAAGAGCACAGAUGGAUUUUGCAUUGGAAAUGUGUUCUUAGAUUUCAUCGGAGGAAUAUCAAACGUUGCUCAGAUGGUUACACAAUCAAUUGAUCAAAACUCUUUGGUGAAUUUCUAUGGAAACCUUGGAAAAGUAUUGUUAUCCCUGGUGACCCUUUUCUUUGAUAUUCUAUUCAUGUUUCAACGUUUUGUGCUUUAUCCAUCAAAUAAAACAUCAUUGAUUCCUCUUUCUAAACUCAAUGACAAAGUUAACGAGCCCCUCAUAAAGUCUCUUAAUCAGCCAUUAGCAACAAAUUUGCAUGUAGCUGAAAAUGUUUGAAUUUGAUAUUAAUGCAUAUAAUUAGUCUCCUGUAUGGUAUUAGUAUGUACAGGUAAAGUUCCUCUAAUGCAUUUGAAGUCUUACUUCAAUGGUAAGAGUUUAGGUUUGUAAUUUCUCGAAAACUAUUGUAAAAUAAUCAUUAAAUGCCACUUUAAUUAUAAUAACUAUUUUGUAAAGAAAUGUGAAGAAAAAAUUGAAAGGAAUUUGAUCAAGCCUAGUUGAGAAUAACUAUAUUUUGUUUUAUGAACUCUAGAGUUUAUAUUGUUGACACACAAUUCACAUCGAUCCUUUGCGCUAGUUCUAGAUAAGGUAUAAUAUGUCCUUUAAUUUGAAUUUUAAGAGAAAAAUAAUCCUAGUUAAUACUAGUUUAACAUUUAUCUACAAGUUUUAUAUGUAUUUAUAUAUUAUAAUUGUAACACCCUCGUUCCUUAAUCCCGCUUCUAGUCUCUUAAUGGGUAAAUUAGGAUUAAAGUAUUUUAAUUAGUAGAAGUAAUAGCACGAUAUGAUUUAGAAAUUUAUUUAAAUCAAAAUCCAAAUUUACAAGAGAAAUUAUCAUUUUUCUCCUCAUUCUCCUCCUUGCAAAUUCUCCUCAUUCUCCUCCUUGCAAAUUCAAAAUCAGGAGUGAUAUAGAGAGAAAGAGGGCGUGUGAGUUUGAGGAAGAGAGGAGGAGAGUUUGUUAAUCAAACAAGUGCAUGCUGUAACCUUGAGGAAAUUGAAGUAGAAUCAAGAUAAAAAUCUUGGAAAAGAGACUUGAAAAGUGGAACCUUCCUCGUCAUCAUCUCCAUUCCUUCUCACAAAUCGAGGUUUCCUUAAGAAGGCAGGAUUCUAGUAAGUUUGAUUGGGAGAUAAAACCU